AUGUCCAAACCUGUCGAUUUUACUGCUGAAGCACCACAAAACAAAGACGCACCGUGGCAAGCCCCCAUUUCGCCACGCGGCGAGGACCCUUGGAAUCAGUCCAAAGAAGCUCGUCAACACCCGGAAGAGUUUUCCACUGCACACGGUACCGUGGACUUUGACAACAGCUCAGAUGAUGCCAAUUCUUCGCUGCAGCAACACUCGCAGUCUUCAAAGAAAAAGGACCCUCACAAUACAAAAGAUGCUCAACCUCAUGAUAACACAGAAGGAUUCGGACACACUGUAUCGCAGCCUCACGUCGUUGAUAGUACCAUUAAGCGCGAUCCUGAUAACAUUGGCGCAUAA